AUGGGUUUUCUGAGCAAGAAGAAGGACGACGGCGACGACAGCAGCCGCUCCAAGCUGUUCGGAGGCCGGACUAAGGAAAAGGCCGGCCAGGCGGCCCAGAACCCAUACGCCGCGCCUCCCGCGAACGAUCCCUACGCCGCACCUCCGGCCUACUCGGGUGGCCAAGCCUCGAUCCGACCAGAGAAAACACCUGCCGUGACAGGCGCUGGACAGCCGUUCGGACAGCGGGGCGGCUAUGGCGCUCAGGGCGGGAGCUAUGGUGCUCCAUCAGGCUAUGGGAACGACCGCUACGGAGGCGAUGCACCCACCGGGCCCCCUUCUCGCGGCCCUGGAGGUUAUGGCGGGCUUGGAAGGACCUCAUCCAACGACACCAUGAGCACCGACGUGGGUCGCAACGAGCUCUUUGGCAAUGCGCCUCAGCGCGUCCAGCAACAAUCGCAGCAACAACUUCCCCAAGCCGGGGGCUACGGCCAGAGUGGGGCCAGCGGUGGAUAUGGCGCCACCUCUGGGGGAUAUGGUGCUGCUCCUGGCGGGUAUGGAGCCUACGGCGACCGUGAACUGACCGCCGAAGAGCAGGAGGAAGAGGACAUCAGCGCCACCAAGACGGAGAUCAAGUUCAUGAAGCAGCAGGAUGUUUCUUCCACGAGGAACGCGCUGCGCCUUGCCCAGCAAGCUGAGGAGACAGGCCGUGAUACGCUGGCGCGAUUGGGGGCUCAGGGAGAACGCAUCCACAAUACUGAACGCAACUUGGACCUUGCCUCUACGCAGAACAGAAUAGCAGAGGACAAGGCGCGCGAGCUGAAGACUCUGAACAAGUCCAUGUUCGCCAUGCAUGUGUCCAAUCCCUUCACAGCAUCAUCGCGUCGUGAGGCACGCGACCAGAAGAUUAUGGAAACCCACCGCACUGAGCGCGAGCAACGAGACGCUACGCGCAAAGCAGCAUGGGAAUCGUCUGCGCGCAACGACGGCGUGAACCGCAACAUGCAGGGCGCGGGCAGAGGAGCCACCAAGGGAAGCCUUGCUGAGCGAGCCAAGUAUCAAUUUGAAGCUGAUUCGGAAGACGAUGAGAUGGAGAAUGAGAUUGACGGCAACUUGGACGCUCUGCACGGCGCCGCUAAGCGGCUCAAUCAACUGGGACGGGCGAUGGGCGAGGAAGUCGACACGCAGAACACGCACAUUGAUCGGAUCAUUGGCAAGACGGACAAGGUGGAUGACCAGAUUGCCAUGAACCGCGCAAGGCUCGAUCGUAUCAAGUGA